AGAAAUGUUAACCUAAAAGACACAAUGUUUUUUUUAAAUGUAAGGAAGGUAUAUUAUAUGUUCAAUAUGAACGCAAAUAUGUAUAAUAUAAAUUAAAAUAUGUAUUAGAAGUUAUAAAUUGGAAUCCACAACACCAUGGCACACAUAACGUUUUCGAUAAAAAGGAAAAUGUUGCAUUUGUUUGCAGCUGUUAUGCUCAUUAUAUUGUUCAAUGAGUAUCUUAUUUACUAUUUAAUACAAUUUAAGUGCAAUUGGCCCAACGUCACAGAACAAUCACAUAACCAAUACAUUAAAGCUCUUAUUUUAUCUGAUACACAUUUGCUUGGCAAACGAAAAGGCCAUUGGUUUGAUAAAUUACGUCGAGAAUGGCAAAUGCAUAGAGCAUUUCAAACAGCUAUUGCCCUACAUAAUCCAGAAGUGGUAUUUAUUUUAGGUGAUAUAUUUGAUGAAGGUCUUUGGGCUAAUAAAGAAGAAUUUAAUGAAUAUCAUAAGCGAUUUAAUGAUUUAUUUAAACUACCUAAAAAUAUAGAAAUGUAUGUGGUUGCUGGGAAUCAUGAUAUAGGCUUUCAUUAUGAAAUAUUCAAAUCUCGAGCAGAACGGUUUUCGAUUACAUUAAAUGCACCUCCUGUUCGUAUUAUAACUCUUAAGAAUGUACAUUUGUACUCAAUGGCUAUGGAAGGUGAUGGAUGUUUCUUAUGUCGACAAGCUGAAAAUCUGGUUUAUAAUAUAUCAGAGACUUUAAAAUGUUGGGAAGGUGUAGUAAGUUGUGAUAAGGUUGUUCAAAAGAAACAUUAUAGUAGGCCGAUUUUAAUGCAGCACUUCCCAUUAUAUAGAAAAUCAGAUGCCUUGUGCAAUGAAUGGGACUCACUACCUACGAAUGACCAUUUCAGAGAGAAGUGGGAUUGCCUCUCUAAAGAGUCAACACAAUUUUUGAAAAAUACUAUUAAUUUUCGUGAGGCCUGGUCAGGUCACACACACCAAGGAUGUAUUUAUCAACAUUGGGAGAAUCCAAUAGUUUACGAGUAUACAGUUGCUUCAUUUAGUUGGAGAAAUAGAAACGAUCCCAGUUAUAUUUUGGCCCUGUUCUCAGUUGAUGAUACUCUUAUAUACAAAUGUGCCAUGCCAACAGAAAAUACAUGUGAUUGGCCGAAAUUAAGUGAAAAUCAUCCUUACAAAGAUCCGGUCAAAGCUCUUAUUAUAACAGAUACUCAUUUACUUGGAAGGAAAACAAGUGUUUGGGCAGACCAAGUUUUGAGAAAUUGGCAAAUGACUAGAGCAUUUCAAACUGCAAUUACACUUCAAACCAGAAAUAGUGUUUAUUUUAGUAUGAUGUUCGUAAGAGUCUGUCUAAUCCCACAUUUGAAACAAAUAUUUAAUAAAUAUUUGCUGACACAUUAUUCUACAGGUGAUUUACUAAAUGAAGGGCUAUGGUCUAAUGAAAAAGAAUUAAAAGAAUACCAUGAACAAUUUUCAAACAUAUUUAGUGUUCCAAACUCAACGACAACCUUUGUCAUUGCUGGAAAUCACGACAUAGGAUUUCAUUAUGAGUAA